AAAAGUAAAACAAAGCAACAGGCAAAAAGAAAUAAGAAAAGAGGAAAAGUGAAAGCGGAAGGGAGAGAGCAAAAAAUGGGAAAGAAGAUUAGAGGAAGAAAGCAAAAUAAAAAAGAAGCGAUAGUAAAAAAAGAUCAAGAAAAGCAAAGACGAGACA